AUGACCGAGUACGAGAGUGCUUACAAUUGGGAAAAGACUUGGUUGGGCGCCUCUCCGUUGCAGCGUGUUGGGAGUGCAAAGCAAGCGAAUGAACCAUACUUUCAACAUAAACGCCACUUUGAUCAAUGGGAUUCGUAUAGUUUGUGGGGUCCUCAUUCUCAAUCCGAAGUACCAGCAGAAGACCCUUUCUUUAUAAUUCAUGGUCGCAGCCAUUCGAAACUUGCCUAUCCAAACAUUCUUUACAUGCGUUCAAAGUCUGCACCUCGUGAAAGGUCAACGUUGGCAUUGGGUAAUAAUCAAGCACAUUCACCCCGAAGACCAAAGUCGGAUGGAUCAGCAGAAACUAGGAAAACUACCAAGCCGAAUCCCAAAAUGCAUCAUUUAAAGCCUCGUGCUCGAUCCAAAGAGAAAAAGCCAAUUGAGAAUUGGCCAGAAUUGAGACUGGAUAUUCCACGUGACUCGCCCCAAGUGGCCCCUCCGAGGCGAUCAGAGUAUCAACGAUCUUUCAGUCCACCACCCGCUUAUAUUUAUAACCAAAACAGGUCAAACUCAGCAAACAUUCGAUCUGACAUGAAGAAAAGGGAGACAUCUGAGAUUAUGCAGAAUAGUACCGAUCCCGAGAAUCAUCGGGCAUCAUCUACGUGGCAGCCUAAAGAGCCCAUCCAAACUCCCGAAAAUGGGAAAGAAAAGUCUGGGCUUGAACCGCGUCGUAGGCGGUUACAAUCAGAAUACCAAGCAAAUUAUAAGGAUCUCUCUGAUUAUGCGUGUGUGGCGAAAAUCCACAGUGAUGAGGCGAAACAGAAUCAACAGCAAGCAGAAGGGUGUCAUUUCUCUCGGAAAUAUUUUAAUCAACUUGAGUCAGCCAAUGUAACUUUGUGGGAUCCCUCCAGCUCAUCACGAUCCGAAAUAGUCGGACUAGACCCCGGAUUGAGAGCAAAACGAUUAGAGGACUACAAGAUGCAUCCAACACGAAAACGUCUGACUUCGAUUCUGUCAGAUAGUCCUUCUAAAAUGCUGCAACAAUCACUUCAUUUUCCGCUUAAGCGUUCUAUUCCGCCAACAAUCACAAGAUAUGAACCCAGUAAGUAUUCUUAUCAGCCACUGGUGACCGAAGAACCGAAAAUAAAAGUUUUACCUUUGAAAGAGAUGGAUGAUCUCUCAUGCACACCAGGACACCAUGUGUGCAAUAGAGGUGGAAAUUUUCUAGUUUCUCAGACCCGACCGGAAGAGGUAAUCGUUUCACCACCGUCGGUACGACAGUCUGCUCAUCGCCUUUCUUCUCCUCUCGCUGGCAUUUCACCGGAUCCCAUUGUUUCCAGCCUCAAUUUGGCAGAACACACCUUGGAUCGCGCCCUGAUUCGUCGCAAUAAGCUGCUAAUCUCGGCAUGCCGCAAUUAG